AAGCCGCACUCUUUGCUCUACAUUUCUCUCACUCUCUCUCUACAUUCUAGAGAGAGACAAAGCAAAGUGUGUGUGCUUCAUCUGUUUCUUCACCUCAAUCAUCAAUAAAAAUUUAAUCUUUUUCAAAAAAUAAAGAAAUCCCAGCUUUGAAAUGCAUACAUUCUUUCAUUUUAUUCAACAUUUCAUCAAAAUUUAGAACCUUUUUCUCUUUAUUAUAUAGUUGUUAUUGUUUUUUUUUUUUUUUUUAAAUGGCACAAAGUCAUGAUUUUGAGGUAUCAAGUUUAUUAUGUGCAGAAGACCAUGAUUGCAUUUCUUAUGAUGAUGAUUGUUAUGAUGAUUUUGAUUGGGACAUUAAUGAAAGUUGUAAUAAAAACCAGAACUUGAUUAAUAUUGUGAGUCUUGAAACAGAGUACUCUGUUCUUGAUUUGCAUUUACAAAAUGACCCAUGUUUGGAUUUGUUGAUCAUAAAAGAAUCUGAACAGUUUGUGGGUUUUGAUGAUUAUUUGGAUAAAUUGAAGAAUCAAAACUUGUUUUUGGUUGCAAGACAAGAGGCUGUUAAUUGGAUUUCAAAGGUUCACGCCAGGUUCAAUUUUGGACCAUUGUGUGCAUAUCUUUCUGUAAACUAUUUGGACAGAUUUCUUGCUGUCUAUGAAUUACCUAAGGAUAAAUCAUGGAUGAUGCAGUUGCUGGCUGUAACUUGUUUAUCACUUGCAGCAAAAAUAGAAGAGACUGAAAUACCCCCUACUCUGGAUUUGCAGGCUUUUGAAUCAAGAUUUGUGUUUGAAGCCAAAACAAUCCAAAGAAUGGAAAUGGUUGUUUUAACCACAUUGAAAUGGAGAAUGCAAUCAGUGACUCCAUUUUCUUUUAUUGAUUCAUUCAUUAGGAAGCUUAAAGAUUGUGGUCAAAGUCAACCCAGUUCAAGAUCUUUAAUCUUGAAGUCUUCCCAACUGAUUUUAUCUCUGAUCAAAGGGGUUGACUUCUUGGAAUUUCAACCAUCUGAGAUAGCAGCAGCAGUGGCUAUGUCUGUAGUUGGAAUUGAAGUUGAAAAGACUCAAGAUUCUGCACUCUUUAAACAUGCAAAGAAGGAGAGGGUUCUUAAAUGCAUGGAAGUUGUUAGCAAGGGUUGUACCAUGAGCUUUGGGAGUGGUACAUUGACAUCAUGGCCUGAAAGUCCAAUAAGUGUGCUUGAGGCUGCAAUUUUGAGCCGUAAAAGUGACAAUUGUGGUAAAAGGAGGAGGCUUAACAACAUUAGCCUAUGAAGAAAAUGGAUGAAAAAUAAUCUUAGGGCUUUAUUAUUAUUUUUUUUAAUUGUAGGUAGAAUGAGUUGGUAUGGCUGUGAAAUGUCAAUACUACCCCUCAAAAAUACCAAAGAUACAAGACAAUAAACUACAAUUGGUAGGCAUAGAAAAAAGGAGUUACGUGCUCUUUAUAGUUUUAUUCAUAGAACUCUUUAGUGAAGGAUAUUAGAUGAAGAAACAUAUGAAAAUAGAAAUACAUUUAUCAAAUUUUGCUUUUUUA